AACCUUGACAUCACAACAGCAUAAUCAAAAACAAAUUUGUCAUGCUAUAAUUAAAUAUUUGCCAAAUUAAUAAAUAUAAAAGUAAAUUUAUUUAUAAAAUUUUUGCAAAAGUUUAUCUCAAUCAACGAAUUUAAUAAAAUUCUCAAAAUGUUUGGGUUCAGUAUGUUUCCUAGACCUUUCAACACACAGUAUAAAUGUUUCUCAGUUUCUAUGCUCCCAGGAAAUGAAAGGCAAGAUGUUGAAAAAGGGGGAAAAAUUAUCAUGCCUCCUUCAGCCUUGGAACAGCUGACUCGAUUGAAUAUAGUUUACCCAAUGUUAUUUAAACUAACAAAUAAGAAAACCAACAGAGUCACCCACUGUGGAGUUUUAGAAUUUGUAGCGGAUGAAGGAAAAGUAUACUUACCAUACUGGAUGAUGCAUAAUUUAUUGCUCGAAGAGAGUGAAAUAAUAAAUAUUGAAAGCGUAUCUUUACCAGUUGCAACAUACGCUCGUUUUCAAGCACAAUCUGAAGAUUUUCUUGAUAUUACUAAUCCCAAAGCAGUAUUAGAGAAUGGUUUAAGAAGCUUUGCAUGUUUAACGACAGGAGACAUUAUUGCUAUUCAAUAUAACCAAAGAAUAUACGAGAUGUGUGUACUGGAAACGAAACCUAGACCCGCUGUCUCCAUCAUUGAAUGUGAUAUGAAUGUUGAAUUUGCUCCGCCUGUUGGUUACAAAGAACCACAAAGAGAAGAAAAGAAACAAGAAGAAGAAAUAGAUCCCGUUGACAUGAUGCCAGCAACAGCGGGAUUCAUAGCAUUCACAGGACAAGGUAAUCGUUUAGAUGGUAAAAAACGAAAAGAUUCAGGCACUUCAGAAAAUCAGCCUGUUAAACCUGUUUAUGUUCGUGGUAUACCUGAUUACGAUUAUAAAAUAGGAACACUCCGAUUUAUGCGCAAUUUGAAACCGAUAAAUAAUAAAGAAGAGAAAAAUACUGAUGAGUUUAAAGCAUUCACAGGUGAAGGCUUUUCUCUUAGAAAAUCGAGAAAGUGAUCUUUCGAGUGUGCCGACUUGGAUUAAUAAUAAAUGUAUUAAAUAAGUCUUAUAGAUAAAUAAAUAAAUUCAUGUAUGUAUAUGUUUAUAAUAUACAGUAAAUUAAGUAAUGAUAAAUUAAGUUAUUUUUGGGACUUUUAAAUUAAAAUAAACUUUUUACAAAUCGUGAAAAUAUUUAUUAUAUA